AUGGCGAUCAAGCACAACCAGCAAAUCCCUCGGAAUCACUUCCACAAGGACUGGCAGCGUCGUGUUCGAGUGCACUUCGAUCAGCCUGGCCGCAAACACCGCCGUCGGGAAGCUCGCCUCGCAAAGGCUGCUGCGGUUGCUCCCCGUCCCGUCGAUAAGCUUCGCCCAAUUGUCAGAUGUCCAACUGUUAAGUACAACAGCCGGGUCAGAGCUGGACGUGGUUUCACGAUUCAAGAAUUGAAGGAAGCUGGUAUCCCACGCAAGCUCGCCCCAACCAUCGGCAUCACCGUCGAUCACCGCCGCAUCAAUGCUUGCUCAGAGUCCCUUUCCGCCAAUGUCGCCCGUUUGAAGGAAUACAGAGCCCGUUUGAUCCUCUUCCCCCGCAAGAGCGGUCAAUUCAAGAAGCUCGACUCAUCUCCCGAGGACGUCAAGGCUGCUUCUGAGGGCCAGAACCUCGCCAAGAACAUUGGUUCUUUACUUCCAGUCGCCAACAUCAGCCGUGCCCAGGCCGUCACCGAGAUUUCCAAGGCCGAUAUGCCAGAGGGUGAGAAGGCUGCUUACCGAAAACUCAGAGAUGCGCGCAGCGAGGCUCGUUAUGCUGGUGCGAGAGAGAAGAGGGCAAAGGCAAAGGCUGAAGAGGCGGCAGCGGCUAAGAAAUAA